GUUGUGCAUUACUUCGGUCAUUUGCCUAAUUUCAUGUGGAUCAGAUUGCAGGUGUAAUUUCUUUCAUCACCUUCCUAUAACUCUUCAAAAUGACCAUUCCAGUGAUGCAGUCCUGUUUCCAUGGUAACCAUUGACAUCAGACCGGCGAUGAGGGACCAGUCUCAUCCGCCACGAAUGCUCAUCAUUCAGGUGUUUGUAGAUUACACAAUACCACCCUCCCCAAGGCAUGGUAGAAGGCAGAACCUAUAAAUAAAAUAACCGCUCAACUCCCCAUACAUACACAGCAUUAUACCCAUCUGAUAGCACUCACACACUCGCAGCACCAAACGACUCUCAGGAGUCUGUAUGAAAAUCAAUUUCUAUGAUCCAUGCAGAGAUAACUCGACUACUUUCUCACUCUCUCCCUCUCUGCCCACGUUUCUCUUGUGUCAGGCCUAUCUGUAGCUCAUUUGCAUACAUAUGAGUUAAAAGCCAGAGUGAGGAGGCCACAACUGAUAUUGUUUCUAUCAUUAGUGAGGAGCGAUGGAAUGGAUCAUGCGCAGAGCAGAGCAUUUCCUUCCAGUCAGAACUAUAGAGAGAAUCGUCAAGAGAGGGAGAGAGAGAAAGAAGAGAAAUAUUGUGAAAUGCUUUUAUCAGUGUUCGGUUUAGAGUGCAUGGAUGUAUGGCAUAUGCCUCGAUCUAUCCCAAACAUGUUUGCGUUGGCAUGUUCGUGUCGAUACGUCGGGAUUGAUUUGGAUGACUUUGGGUCUUCCAUGUCAUGCACAUACGUGUUCAGAGAGGAUUUCUAAAGCUGUUUAGUUUCCUAGUUUUGUUGGUGUCGUGUUCCGUGUGUCAUGGCGUUGAUACGAACUCAUCUCUGCCGAAAGAUCGCACUAAUCUAGCAGAAAGAUGGCUUUCUCAUUCCUCAUGUUUGCCUAUGACCCUUUCCUGCUUAGCCCCAAAGAUUCUACUCAGGUAGAGUCCAGACUGCCUACGUUGCAGCCAAGGAGGUCUCUCCUGCCUGGACCCAAGACUCAUUAUCCACUCCGUAACACCGACAUCAAGCCACCUCAUCUCAUACCAUCAACUCCUAACGUACCAUUCCGCCAUCUGGUAGUUGGACAGCGUGUGGAGACCACAGACGGACGGGUAGGACUCCUGCACUUUAAGGGCAAGACGCACUUUGCGCAGGGAUGUAUGUGCGGCAUCGAGCUUGACGAUCCCAUUGGCAAACACAACGGUUCUGUUGACGGGAUUCAUUACUUUGAAUGUCCUCAAGGAUUCGGGGUGUUUGUUCCAGCCCACAAGGUCCACAAUCUACCUCCCCCAUCGCCUUCAAGCCCAACAUCAACUCUUUCAUAUAAUUCCAGUACUAGUAUAUGCAGUAGAGAGAGCAAAGACUCAAAACCAAGUAGUAGGAUACCGACGUUAGGUUUAGCUGGUGGUAAACUCCCAAGACCAAAAACAUUACCUGUGUGCAAAGACUCCAAUUCCAAGCUGAAGCCCAACAAGAAAAACAGUAAGAACAUUGACUGUGGGAGGAGUGAUACUUCUUCAGAGAAGUCCUCAACAUCUAGCAAGCUGUUUCAAUCCAAGAAAAUUAGUCCUGUACACACUAAUAUUACCCAUUCAGGGUGGACAGGAGAUAAUAGAACUAAAGGUAAAAGGACUACAGAUACUCAGGUUAAUAAACUUAAACCAAAUCAUAAUACUACUUUCACUGUGAGCGACAACAAACGACAGUAUGCGAGGGUGACCUCACCUAAGGACAAACCUUGUAGGAGUAGUAGUACAGAAACUAGUAGUAAGACUCUUCUUCAGAGGAAACUUGCCCGCAAUAAAAAUGUGAACAGUAAACUUAACUCCCGCCCAAGUCUGAAUGACUUGACAAGGACGUUUGAAGAAGGUGAAGCAGAUGAAAAUAGGAGAGACAAACCUGAUAUUGUGGAAGGUUGUUACUCUAAAUUGAAUGAGACCUUUGAACUUGACAAAGAAGUGUCAUCGUUUUUCCAGGAAUCUUGUUCAGGAAGCCUUGGUUGGGACGACUCGCAUUCGCUUAGUCCGCUUGAAGAUAGCUCAUCUGGUCGUGAAAAAUCUGAUUCUAGUUUAGCAUGGGACUUUGAAGUCCCUCAAUCUUCAACUCCAGUUCAAAUCCAUCUCCAAGUAGGUUCAGAUAUUAGAACUUCUAUACCAGAGGAACCUAGGAUUUACCCUCUAGGUAUUGGAGCCACUGCUCCAGCGUUCCCAGUGGAUAGUCUAUCUAGUUGUGACACUGAAAAUACAGAUGAAGAAGUGGAAUAUAAUGAAUUUUUGGCAAUUCCAACAUUCUUAGAUACGCCAACAGGUCGCUACAAAUUUGAUCUUUUAACUCCGGAAGAACUUGAACAAGCUUUGAAUGAAUACAAUCUCUUGCCUGAAGAAUUACAGGAUGCAAUAGAAUUUGAGCCUCAAUUCUCCGAUGUUAAACCAAGGAUUUGGGAGCCCAUUACAACGGUUGAAGACGAGUUUUUAAGGGAGUCGAGCAACGCUCUUUUCUCAGUUCCCCUGACUGCUAUGGAUCCUGAGCUCAAGGAGAAAUAUGAAGGCAUUGAAACACCACCAGUGGACAGUGAGGCUACCACACCACUAGGAAUUGCUUCAAAUGGAAUGGAAGUAGAUUGUUAUCCACAAGAAGUGUUUAAUAAUGAUGGUAAACAAAGAGAGUAUCCUUCUGUUUUACCAACACCUACAUCUGAUGAACAUACUGUUUGCUUGGAGAAGUAUGGGGAGCAUGUGCAAUCGCAGGGUACUCUAAGUGAUGCCAAUGAUACAACUCUUGUAGACAACCCAUCUAGUAUGGACGAUGGUGUAGAUCUCUCUGAGGACUUUGAAAUGGAAGUGGAUCCUCACAAUACAACUUAUGAUGUGGAUGUUGACCUUCUUGAUCAGGAAGAUGUAGAAACACCCACUUCAUCUUUUGUCAUUCAGAAGUGUGUUGAGAAGCGUCAAGAAGGUGAUGGUCAAGAGGUCAAGGUUGGCAUGCACUUUGAGAGCAACAAUAACAGCCAGGUGCCAAUGUCCCCUGUGGAUCUUCUUGAAGGAACUCAGCAUUUAAAGACCUGUGAUGUGCAGGUGCCCAUUCCAAAGACAGAUAAAUUUGGUGCCGUUAUUGUUUCAUCUGGAACGGAUGUGGAGAUAUCGCAGCAUAACGGAACUACUAGUGGAAGGAUAGUGACAUCGAUGCCUCAAAAGACUUGCUUUCCUGUGACUUCUAGUGAAGUUCAACACAGCAAAUUGGAGCGUAUUAUGAUGGAUACUGAGGAGGACCUCAAAUUUAGGAUGGAUGAGAUGGCAGUAGAGGCCAAUAUGGCUGAUCUUGAUGAGAAUAAAAGUGUGGAGUCAGAGUGCAGCAGAACGGAGAGUGACAGAGCUACAGAUAGACGGGAUACGAAGACACAUACAGGCCAACCUAAUGGUGAGUUACAGGCUGUCAUGGAGGUUGGAAUGUGUCUCAUGUCCCAAAAUGAAUCUUCUGUUACAAAUGGUGUCAGGAGUGGAAUGAAAAGUCCCGGCCAGCACUCCAAAGAAGAGGAGAAGAAGGAUGAAGAAAAAGCAAAUGGUGUUCCUAAGAGAAAAUCUCUGUUGCUUACACCAAAGAAGGUCUCUAAGAACAUCACUUCUUCACAUUCAAGCCAUUUCCAAGUUACAUUAAGUAGACCAAAGACAGGAGCUCCACCAACGUCCAACACAUCAUCCAAACCUCCACCUGCUCAGAGCCAAGCUGAGAAAGACAACAAGAAAACAUACACACCAUCAUCCUGGAGGAAUGAGAAGAAUGGAUCUACAAAGACUGGUGUCAUCCCUAGGAGGAGAUCUGCAGAGAACCGACAAACAAGUCGGUUGAACGACAAGAACCACCCAGGAAGACACUCGGCUGAUGCCACACACCUGGUCCAGAAGCUCCAACCCAUCUUAGACAUCAAGGAAAGCAGGAGAGCAGAAAGUUCUUCAUCAAUGGAGGUGGAUCCAGGAAGCAUCACUUCAUCUAAUAGGAGUAUGAGGUCAGAGGUGACUGCUAGCAGCACAACAUCAAAGAUGAGCUCAAAGAAUACUCAGAAUGGCAAACCUAACAACAAGACAACUCUGUCUUUGAGGAACUCCUCGGACACCAAGAGACAUGAGCGUAAGCCUAGUUCCUCUAGUGUCACUUCAGACCACUCACAGAGAACUGAGUCCAGGACCUCCAUUUCUUCUAGACCAAGCUCCAAUAGUUCUAGAGAAGCGAGACAUGCUCGACGCAAUCGCGCAACAGUCGGUUCCAACUCCUCCACCAGAAAUGUGACAUCAACCAAGCCUCCUCCAUCAAGCACCACUUCACGCAAUCGACAGAGUGGUACAACAACCAGUGGACGUACUACCAAGUCUGCAUCAAAGACUAGUCAAGAUACCACUCAUGUAGAUGCAGCUCCUACAAGAAAGAUUGCUGUUCCAUCCAAGAAAUCUUCUGAUCAUCAUAGCAAGAAGGGAUCAACUAACCAGAAAGACCCCCAUCAGGACAAACAUGGUCACAAACCCAAGACGACAGCCCACACCCUACAUGCAUCCCCACCAGAUCUGGUCUAUACGUCGCUCGUCAACGGUGAAGCAUCGCAAGAGAUCAAACGUCUUGAGUCGCUAUGUGAGACAAGGUUUCACCAGCUUUCCAAAGCCAAAGAACAACUCCAGGAUGCUACCAAGGGUUUUGAUGCCAUGGCAACCAUUGUCAAAUACCUCUCACAUGAGGUCGAUGGCUUCUCUGCUCCCUAUCUCAAAGCUAAGAAUGAAAAGCUGCAGAAGCAGGUGACAAUGUCAACAAUUAAAACAGCUCAACAAGAGGCAGAGAUUUGUCGUCUCCAGGAGGAGCUAAACAUGGAGACACAUACCCAUGAAGAGGAGAUUAGGAGAACAGAGCUCCUUCAUAUGGAGGAGAUUAGAGAUCUUACCGAGACACUCAGGGCCAAGCAUAGCAAGGAUAUACAAACAAUGGCCACUGAACACACACAGGAAAUUAGAAGACUAGCUGAUGGCCACCAACAAGAGAUGUGUGACAUGACAGCGAGUCAUCAAAGUUUAAUCCAUGAUAUUGAGGACCAACAUGCAGAGCAUGUAGCUCAGAUCAAUCAGAAUCACAUAGAUCAUAUAGAAGAGAUUACAAGAGAGAAAGACAAGGAGAUAGAGACUGUUAAGAGGGAUGCAGAGGAGAGGAUUAGAGAGCUACAGGAUGAGAUUUUCAAAUGGAAGUACCAAUGUGAUUGUCAAAUCAAAAGAACGCAAGAAUUAGAGGAAGCUUUAAGAAAAGAUGAUGAUGCCAAAGUUCAGGCUGCCAUAGCUCAGUACAAGCAUCUACCAGACGAGGUAGCCAGUAUGAAAGCUGUCAUGGAGAUUAAGAAUCAAGAGAUACAUGACCUCAGGAUAGGAAAGAUGGCUCUUCAAAAAGAGGUUGACUUGAUUCCUGAUAAAGAUGAGAGGAUUAAGAACUUGACAGCGAAGGUUGAAGACGUCCAAGCACUCAUGCAACGCAAAACAGAAUAUGAAAGGCAACUAUCAACUGAGCAUGUUCACUUGCGGGCCUCAUACGAGCGUGAGAGUAGCGUCAAUAAGAGACUUUCCAUGGAGAACGAGGAGUUGAUGUGGAGACUAAACCAAGGUGAUAACCUUUCACCCCCACCCCGCUUCAAAGCAACGUCGACCCCUUCACCGUCCCCAUCACCGACAGGAGCACGGAAAGGCUUCUCGCGAUCAAGCUCCACGGAGAGUCAUGAAAGCGGCGUAUUCUCACCAAACCAUCCGCAUUAAUCGUAAAGAUGAUGAUGAAGAAGAAGGAUGUGCUCGCAUGGGUCUACUAAUGAGGUACAAGCAGAUGCGUUUGAAUGUUCAAUGAAGAUGCAGGAUAUCGCUUGUAUUGGUCAAUACCACCGUGGUAUCUAGUAGAAGAUGCCUUCAUCGUAUGCCCAGAAUGUCAUCAUGUGGAUGAUAGAGGGCGCUUCUCAUCAGAUCGCUGAAUAUUCCACAUUGCAAUAUUCUGAAGAUUCAACGAGUUGUGAUUUAUCUUCUUGCAAUAUUCUGAGACAAGAAGGAAGAUAGUGAUAUAAAAUUUAAUGGGUUUUGAGAUUAAGGUCAUCAAAAGGUUAAAUGUUGCAAUAUUCGAGUAGAGGAUGAUUAUGAUAAAUGAGGCAACGAUGUUACAAGUGGCAUAUUAUACAAAAAUUAUGUGCUUAGCAAAUGAUGCAUCGGAGCAGUAAGAUGAAUGUGAAACAAGGAUUUAAAGUGUGUUUGAAAGGUUUUACUGAAAUUAUAAAUUUUAAACAAACAGACAUGAAUGGUAGUCAGUACAACAUCAAACAGUAGACAUUUAUUUGAAUUAAACCUUGUUAUGAUAAUAAGUAAAGUUGGACUGUAGUGUAUUCAGCAGUAGAACAGUAUGUGUACCUAACAACUAUUUCAUUUUGUAAACAGUAGUCAAAUAGUCAAAACUGUUUGAAUUCAGUAAAAAAAUAAUAAUGAUUGUUUGCAUCUGAAAUUAGUCAAUGUUGUGAGAUUUAACAGUAAUAAACUCAUAUAAUGCCAAUACUUUUCAGCAUUCUCUUGAUUGUCAUAUUAUAAUAUGAGCCUCUGAGAUUUCAAUAUGUGAGGAAAAAAGCAACUCAAGAAAUAAUGAAUUAAUUUAAAAAAAGAAAAUAAUAUGAAAGAGAGAUUGAAAUGUACUUAAUACUGAAUAAGUAACCUCCAUAGUUAUGGUGAAACAUGAAAUAAAAAUAUGCUACUCUUGAAAAUGGACAUAAAAGUAUUUCUGUUUCUCUCUUUCAUAUUUGUUUGCCACUUAUUAUAAAUUAUACAUGCCAUGAAUUUUACAAAAUCUUCAUUUCUUUUAAGAAUAUAUAUCAUCAUUAAGCAUGAUAUUUAAAGCUGGUUGUUCAGAAAAAUACACUGAUUUUUAUAUAAAUAGUGUGUCCCUUGCAUGCUUAUUAAUCUCCAUAAAAAAUAUUCCUUUGACUACUAUUUUCUUGUGUCUUUUGGAGUUCUAGUGAUUAUUUCAAUCACUUAAUUCAAUGUCAUAGAAGUGAAACAUGUGAUAUACUUUAUUUAGAAUGGAAACUACUCUUUUUUUUCUUUCGCUUUUUUUCAGUGUGCCAUUUAUAUAUUCUUGGGUGCCAAAGACAAAGAUAUAUUGCCUUUAUUUGGAAAUAAAACUUUCUGUUUUGUUUGUUGAAGAUAGUCUACUAUUAGAUGUUAAGCACCAAUAAAUUAUUCUAAAGCAGUUCACUUGUUAAGUAUUCAUGAAGCGAUAGGUUACAGUGCCAGUAAGGCUUAAAGAUCAUAUUCGUUCAAAUAUUCUUGUGGGGAAUAGAUUUAAAGAUGAGAUAAAUGAUGAAUUAUCAUAAUACCAUGGUAAUUGAAGAGUUGUUGGUGUAGUCCCAUUGUGUAGUAUCUGUGUGAUUGUGUUAAAGGGGUUUAAUUGAUUGUUUCCACCAAGAGUAUGACCUCUGACCUUGUAUCCUCUCCCGACACAUAUCUCUUUCUAAAAUAUAAUGAAUAUUUCUGAUUGUAAAUAAAAUGUUUAUUUGUGUAAUUAUAUUCUAUUGAUUAUUUUACUUUAUUUUUAAAACUUUCUAUCAAAUUAUGCUCUUUGUAAUUACCUCAUGAAAGAUCUGUAUAUCAAGCAUUGUGUAAAUGAUGUGUCAUUUCAUAGUUAAAUUAUUCCUAUCUAGUGGAUAGAUUACGAACAUUGCACUUUACCAAAGCUUACAUCUGGAUAACAACUAUUCCUCUUAAUAAUUCUAACAUUAAUAUAGAUCGUGCUAUCAGGAAUAGGCUAAACAUGAGCACUGCACAUAUUAAAUAUAUACUAAUUAUACAUAUUAAAACAUACUGCCAAUUGAAUCUUUAAAAUUGGUGUUUGGAACUAGAUAUUGUUUGGUUAGAUGCCAGAUGUCUACCAAUAUAGAAGUAGAUAACAUAAGAGACGCAUUGCGGAAGCUUGAUUUGAAUAGAAAUCAGAGCUUGGUAUUCUUAGAUGAAAGACACUGCAUGCUAGAACAUGUGUGUGAACAUAAAAUUGUUUCAUAUAAUUGAAACAAAAAUCAGGUAUAUAUCUGAUUUAUGUGAAUAAUUUCAAGACAUUGCUAAUGUAAAUGAAAUUAUCAAGUAGUGAACAAACCAUUUUUUCAAGUUAAGGAAUUCAUAUUCCUGCAGAAUACUUGGUUAGAUGAUAAAAUAUGCUCUAAAGCAUUGAUUAUGAAGCAGAUAUAAUUUAAAGUAGAGGAAAUUUCAUAUUUAUUUUAUGGGGGUUUAGUUGUUGCAGAUGUGAACUUCGGUAAAGUGCAAUGAUCAUGGAUUGCAUGUUUGUUUAUUUCUAUCUUAGGGAAGUAAGGGACCAAUCUAUGAGACUGGUUUCUUGAUCCCUUCUUACUGCUUUAAUUGGUGCUACUCUAUCAAGUGUUAGAUCGGUGAUGGGUUUUCAUUACAUGUUUUAAUCACACACUGCACCACAAUCUUCUAUAGUACACUAUGAUCUAUAGUAUUUAGGAUGGUUGAUGAUGUUUUAGUGUUUAGAUUUUAAGAAAUCUUCCUUUUUAUGGAUGUUUUCCUUUUUCCCCUUGUGUCUUCAUUUUUCACCUUCCCUCUAUUUGUGAUUAUUUUCUUAUUUAUCAUUAUUUUCUUAAAUAAAAUCAAUCAAUUUUGAUGUAGUUUUUCAUUGCUUUGUUUUUAAUGAAUUAUGAAAAAAAAAGAAAAUACCACAUUUGUUAUUUUUCAUUUAUAAUCUAAUUCUUGAGUAAAAGAUAUGUACCGGGAACACUAUAUGAGUUAUGUGAAAUACGGGGGAAAUAAAUGAACACAUUAAUUCUUUUGAAAAUCUUAUAACUUGUCAAAUAAUGGGUUAAGAAGCCUAUGUAUUUGAAUCUAGUAAAUCUGUACUUCAUAAUUUUAGGAUUGUAGAUAUCAUGUUUGAACAAGGUGUUGCAAAUUUCAGACAAAGUGCAUUCUCUACAUUCCAAAAAAAAUGUUGGUAGUGAUAGUUCAUUUUGAUAGGAAUGUUAAUAAUCAAAACAGGAUUGGCUUACAAAAAUGUUAAUUUUAUAUGGAGGAAACAUAAAAGAUAUUUUAGUUCUUAGGGCAUAAUCAUGUGUAUUUGUUGUAAGCUAGGCACACCCUGUCAGAUAUUAUUUGUCACUUUAACAUUGUUGUCAUGUUAAUGGUAUAUUUGGUGACUGUUAACAGUUAGCACAGCCAAUAAUAUCGUAAGCUAUGAUGAUUUCAUUAUCUUCAUGAUAGCCAGUAAAAUACGAACCACUACUGGCUUUUCAACUCUCUCAAAGUUUGCAUCUUGUAAGAGAAUAUUGAGAGUAAAAUAUUGAGCUGUAACUGUCAAUGCAGAUAGUGUAUACUAUUUAAUGGAGCCAAAUAGAAUUGUGAUUAAUUCUGAAUAGUAACUGUAAUAGAAAAUUUAGACAAAUUUGACUGUUGGUUCCACAUUCUCCCUUUUUCUAUUAACAUAUUUUUAGCAAACCUUAGCAAUGAGUAGACGUGUCUGUAAGCUCCCUGUACAAAAGUAACAUGUUGCAAGAUGCUAUUUUUGUUGCAUCUGUCUUUGUAUAAAGUUUUGAAGUGUUCUUUCAUUGUGUCUGUAUAUUUUCUCUCAAUCUGUUUCUCUUCUAAGCUCUCUUUCAUUGCAUUAUGGUUCAACAUGUGUGUUAGAUUUCUUGGUGUUUUAGCAAAUUUAUUUCUAUCUGUGAUUGUCUUUCAUGUUUAAAGGAAAUAUUCUGUGUGAAUUGUUUAAAAAACAAGCAUUAAUGUCAUAGUUUCACUCUGUGCAAAUUGAUUUUUCAGCAUUUUCUUUAUGUAUUUAUCCUUUAACACCACCUUUUAUUUCUUUAUUGAUCUUAAAAAUAGAAAUAUUGUCUGUUCAAAAGAACCAAAAGAAAUAUUUUUAUUUGUUUAGCAAUUGGACAUAUCAUACUUUAACUAUCUACUUAAUGUAGAUGAAACAAAUUGCAGCAAUCAUGUCACAUUUAUAACAGCAAUAUCACUUAAAUUAUUGAACUAAGUCACCUCAAUAUUUCGAUCUCUACUUUCCUCUAACAGAUAUUUCUCAAGUUUUUAGUAAAGUCCUGGCUCUUUCCAUUUGUGAUCAUGCUGUAAGGAAAUGAUGUACAAACAUUUGAUCAAAACACAAUAAAUUUUUUCUUGUAAUGGCACUUAGUGUGUGAAAAUGAAUUUUAAAGCAGCAUUUAAUGGCAGACAGACAGACAGAUAAAAGAGAACAUAAUUGAUAUCAAUUUGUCUGUUUGAUGAAAAAGUCUUGUCCUGCAAUCUAGUUGUGUGCUUGUUAAAAUCUAUAGUAUGUUGCUUUCUGGUGGGUGUUUCAUGAAAGUUGUCAGCACUGACUGUUACUACGGUAACUGUCGGAGAAAGACAACUUUUCAGUGUUGACAACUUUCAUGAAACGGUCCCCUGAUGAUACAAUGUGUAAAAUAGAUACUACUCAUGUAGGGUUGUGAAGAUAUAUGUGCGCAUUCUAUAUGUUACCAUGGAUAUUGGUGAAAAUCCAAAUGCUUUUGGUGUGUAUUUAUAUAUUGUGUCUGUACAUUAUGAAUGAUGCCAAUAUUAUAAAUUAACAUAUUUAAAAAAAGACAAAAUAUUUAUUGCAGCUUUUGUGUAAUACAUGCUUGUUGUUAAAGGAGAGAGGGAAGGGGAGUGUAUUUCAAAAUGAAGUUUUUGACUUCCUUAUUUGUGUAUCAAAAAGAAUAAUAAUCAUCAUGAACACAUCUUUUUAUGUAGCUGUAAAUUUGUUGUUGACCCAUAAAUUUGUUGGUUUUAAGAGAAAAUGGGAAAUGUUUAUUUCAUGUAUAUCUUCAAAAUAUUUGCAUGUUUUAUUUCAGGUGUACAAUAAAAGUUUUUGUUUA